UCUUCCGCCACCACCCUGGCAGGCCCCGCGGGGCAGGCAGGGUAUAAGUGUCCACGGAGGCGGCCCUGGUGCUGCCUGUCCCGGCUUCCGAGUGUGGCAGAUGGCCUGGUGCAGGGCUGUCCUCCCACUGCUGCUUAUCACAGCAUCCAGCGUGCGUGGCGGUGAGGCCUUCAAAUGCUUCACAUGCGAGCAGCCCACAACCAUUUCAUUGUGUAAGAACAUCACUCGCUGCAAGCCGGAGGCCACGGCCUGCCAGACGGUGCUGGUGCGGGUGGAGUCGGAAUACCCCUUCAACCAGAGCCCCAAGGUGACCCGUUCCUGCGCCACCUCCUGCAUAGCCACCGACCCCGACAGCAUAGGAAUCGCCCACCCCGUCUACUGCUGCUUCUAUGACUUGUGCAACUCCAUGCAGAGCACCAGGCCGGGGGCCAGCCGCCGGGGGCCCCGCUCCUCGGCCGCCUCCUUCCUGAAGGGCCCAGCGCCACCGGAGAUCACCUCUACCCACAUGCUUCCUUGAGCUCCCCGAGCCUCAGGUGAAUCAUGCGCCCCAAGAGCUGAGAGUCUUGCCAGGGGCACUCUGUCUCCCACCCUUGCAGAGGAUAAAUAAAGACGAGGCAGAG